AUGACCGCCCUGAGAUUUGUCAAGUCUGUCUGGGAGUCCUUUCGGGCUACUUCGGGUUUAGAGCCUCGGCUGUUGAAUAAUCUGCGCGUCACUGCGGCCAGACCCGGAACUGUCAAUUUUGAACUGGACAUCCAGAAGGAACAUACUAACCGCUUGAAUAUCCUUCAUGGCGGUACUAUUGCAAGCAUGGUUGACCUUGGAGGUUCUUUAGCUGUUGCUUCUCGUGGACUAUUCGCCACUGGCGUGUCCACUGACCUGAAUGGUAUGUUAGCCACGAGCAACACUGGCCUUGCGCAGAGCAAGAGCCUCCGCGUCUACUUACAAACAACUUACUCAAACUGUCGUUCAGUAACUUAUCUCAGUUCUGGUGGUAAGAUUGGUGACAAAAUCAUGGCAGAGGUCACCUGUGACAAGUUUGGCAAAACCCUCGCAUACACCAACAUCAAGUUUACCAACGAGAAGGGCGAUGUCGUCGCUCGUGGAAGCCACACCAAAUAUGUUAGCUUUGCUUGGAAGGAUCCUCAGAACAUUGUCGAGGAAAUAAACAAGCUUCAGCAAGAUUAG